AACAGCUGUUCAUCUUCUUCCUAACCGGCAUUUGCUGCAUUUUGAACAAACAAUAUAUAUUUUAUCUGUUUUAUAAAACAUGAGCAAUAUUGUGCAGUACAUUAUUGUGCGGAGUGAUUUGCGGUCGGCGCUUAGUUGGCCUAUGGGCGCCGUUAUCGCCCAGUGUUGCCAUGCCACAUCAGCCGUUAAUCAUUUAAAUUCAGACGAUGCGGAUACCAUGGCCUACUUGAAGGACUUGGACAAUAUGCACAAAGUAGUGCUAGAGGCAAAAGAUGAGGCAGCUCUAGUAAAACUUGGCGAAAAGUUGAAGGAGAAUGAGAUUAAACACAAGCUGUGGAUCGAACAACCAGAAAAUAUUCCGACAUGCAUUGCCUUGAAACCGUAUGUCAAAGAUACGGUUCAUAAAUACGUUAAACAUUUCAAGCUUUUGAAGGAGUAAUAAACACGAAAGGUUGCGCAUAA